AUGCCUGGAAGACUUCUGCCAAGCGAGAAGGCAGCUCCCAAACUGCAACCUGACUUGAGAAUCAUUCAUUUCAACGAUGUAUACAACAUCCAGCCCGACACGAGAGAGCCAGCUGGAGGAAUUGCCAGGUUCCAAACAGUAAUGAAGAAGUACCGUGCAAAGCAUGAAGGACAGCCGCCGGUCUUGACACUGUUUUCGGGCGACGCCCUGAACCCCAGCCUGGAGAGCAUCUUCACCAAAGGCGAACACAUGGUCGAAGCACUAAACAACAUCGGCGUCAACUUCGCCUGCCUCGGCAACCACGAGCUCGACUUCGGCGUCCCGCACUUCCAAAAGCUGUCGCAGCAAUGCAACUUCCCCUGGCUCUGCGCCAACGUGCUCGACCCAGCCCUGGGCCCGGACGUGCCGCUCGGCAACUGCAAGAAGACGGCCAUGGUCGACGUCAACGGCGUCAAGGUCGGGCUGAUCGGGCUCGUCGAGCGCGAGUGGCUGGCCACGGUCAACGUGCUGCCGCCCAACCUCGUCUUCCGCCCGGCUGCGGCGACGGCCGCCGAGCUCGUGCCCGCGCUCAAGGCCGCCGGCGCAGACGUCAUCGUCGCCCUCACCCACCAGCGCGAGCCCAACGACGUGCGACUCGCGCAGGAGUGCGGCCCCGGCCUGAUCGACGUGAUCCUGGCCGGCCACGACCACUUCUACAGCGACACGGUCGUCAACGGCGUGCGCAUCGUGCGCAGCGGCACCGACUUCAAGCAGCUGAGCUACAUCGAGCUGCGGCGGCGGCAGCGGAGGGGCAGGCGGAGGAGCCCGCGCCGUGCGGUUGCGGUUGCUAGAGCGGCGAGGCCGCGGGGCGUGUGGGACAUCAAGGUGGUCCGGGAAGACGUGACGGCCGCGGUGCCCGAGGACCCCGACACGAGGGCCUGGGUCGACGGCGUCUCGUCGAUGCUGCGGGCGCAGCUGGAGAAGCCGGUCGGCGUGACGGGCGUCGAUCUCGAUGCGCGCUUCACGACGGUGCGGCGCUGCGAGAGCAACAUGGGCAACUUCAUCACCGACGCCAUGCGCCAGGCGUACGGCGCCGACUGCUGCAUCAUCAGCUCCGGCACCAUGCGGGGCGAUCAGGUGUAUGCCGCGGGCGUGCUCACGGUGGGGGAUAUUCGGAACUGUCUGCCCUUCGAAGAUCCGACUGUUGUUAUCCGCGUGAGUGGGCAGGCCAUUUGGGCGGCUCUUGAGAAUUCUGUGAGCUUGUAUCCUGCGCUGGAGGGCCGCUUUCCCCAGGUUUCCGCCAUUAGCUUCGAUUUCGACGCAUCCAUGCCGCCCUUCAAGCGGGUGAAGUCUGCGUGCAUUGGAGGUUUGCCUAUCAAGCUGGAUGCAAAGUAUCUACUAGCGACUCGAGAUUACAUGGCGCGUGGCAAGGAUGGCUACACGUCGCUCGUUGGGGACGACGUUGAGGUCGUUGUCGGGCCGGAGGAGGGGGAUCGCAUCUACAAGAUCGUGCUCGAUGCUUUUAGUCGACUUCAGAGCCCCGAGGUCGGCCUCGUCUGGCCGAUGCUGGGUGCCUACGCAAUGUGA